CUUGCAGAGAACCACAACAAUGGGUUUUCCCGUGGGCUACACCGAGCUCCUUCUCCCCAAACUACUCCUCCACACCCUCUCCCUUCUGGGUUUGAUUCGAAAACUAAUCUCCAUCUUCUUCCAUCUACUGGGUCUACCCGAUUUCCACCAACCCGACAUUGUCUCCCCCGAUUCCUCUUCUCUACCCGACUCCCGCUUCCACUCCGUCUCCGCCCUCCUCGUCCGCGAGAUCCUUCCGGUCGUCAGCUUUUCCGAACUUCUGGAUCCCCCUGAAUCCUGCGCCGUCUGUCUCUACGAGUUCGAGGACCAGGACCAGAUCAGACGGCUCACAAACUGCCGCCACAUCUUCCAUCAGAGCUGUCUCGACCGUUGGAUGGCUUACCACCAGAUGACUUGUCCGCUCUGCCGGGCGCCAUUCAUUCCGGACGAGUUGCAGGAAGCUUUCAACGAGAGAUUAUGGGCUGCUUCGGGGAUUCCCGAUUUUGUUGCUGAAGAUUCUCACGUUCCCGGAUUAUAGCCGCUGAUUAUUUUUCUUUUCUCCUUCAAUUAUUUAGAAAAAGAGAAAAUUAAUUCCUCUGCUUGAUGUACAUAAUCCCACAAAGAAAGUAGAAAAAAUUAAUUUAAUUAUUACAUAGUUUUUCUUGUUUAAUCGAUGUGCAUUAUAAUUGAAUAGUCA